GUAUCGCCUCGCCUUCAAUCCGAAACUCGCUGAUUGGCUGCGUCAGUGCGAACUGUUUUGUUGAUAAAUAACUUUGAUGGAUUGAUUAUUUUUCAAGAGGAUCCUCGAACUCUACACGUCCUGCAAACAGUAUCGAUAAAAUUGCGCUUAAGCAGCAGAAUGGAAACAGGAAAGCAGAUUUGGUGACUACAACAGAAGAGUUCAAAUGUGUUCGGAUACCAAAAGUUGUUAAAGCUGUCAGCCUACAUGUUGGAGAGGCCUCUCUAUGCAUUAUGACAUGGUAUUUUAGCGUUUCAAAUGUGCGCACUUGCGUCUAGGCGAUUACGACAGACUGCAUUGUUCGUAGUGUGUCUGUGGUCAUGCACGCUGUUGACUUUGCCCAGGGUUGGAACUGUUUUGUAAGGUGCUGUCACCCGAACUUCAAAAGUAAGGAAGGAGGACGUCAAUACUAUACUGCAACAGUAACAUUUCCUGUGACUGAGGAAUGACUGAAUUUUUAAAUAUUUACACCACCUUUAUACCAGAAGCAAGAGGGAGGUGGGGCUCCUAGACCCCAACAAAACUUUCAUGUUCUCUGCUCUGUAGAACAUUUCUUUUACACCCAGCCUUGUAAUAGAGUUAAAACUGAAGUGCUGAAUGCCCCAGGAUUUUGCUUGCCUUAUAGUUUCACAAAAUUGCCAUGAGUCUUUCUCCACACCAGAGAGGAACCAUAAAUAGUAUUAACAAGCAGAAUGUUGAAGCCAUUGGUGAAACAAUGCAGCAUUCAGGAGAUCUCUUCUACAAUGUGGGUGCUUCGUCCUUGGAGCAAACUCACAGCAGUCCAGAGGUGAUGGUGGAUUCUAGCCCUGAAGUCCAGGGCGUUUACAAAUCUGAUAAAGCAUAUCAGGCCCGGGGCCAUUUUCAGCAGUCGGGACCAGUAAAGUGGACACCUCAAAACCCAAUGCAGACCACAACUUGGUUUCAGCAUUCACCAAGUUCCUCACAAUCCUACACAGACACUGCUCACAUUCCCGGAGCAGACUGGGACCAUCACACGAUGGCAGCCAUGCAUCAUGCUCAAUUUCAGGCACUCCAGCAGGGUCACAGACCUGCGGACCACCAGUAUCAGGCUCAGGGAAUGCAUCACGAUAUGUCUGACUCUACUCUGCAACCUUUCCAGUUAGCGUUCGGACCUACCAAGCAACAACAGGCGCCUGGUUUCCAACAAGUCUUUCAAGGCAACAAUGCAUCUUUAAAUAUGAAUUAUAACGAGAAGCCGAAAUCGCAACAGCAGCUCAUGCAGUUGCAACAGCAGCAGCUGCAUCACCAGCACCAGAUGCAACAGCUUCAGCAAAUGCGUCAGUUGCAGCAGCAGCAGCAGCAGCAACAACAGCAGCAUCAAAUGCAACAGCAGCAACGGUUGCAUCAAAUGCAACAGCAAUACCAGCAGCAGAAAAUGCAGGAACAGCGGCAACACAUGCAGCAACUGCAACAGCAACAGCAGCAGCAUGCACAAGGAUUUCAACACCUAGAGACUAUAGAAAAGCAGCGAGUCAAACAAGACAUUGAUUCACAGGAUCAGGCCGGUGUUCAGGUGAAAACACAAAUGAGCCAGAGCCAGCUCACAGUCUCUCAACCACAACAUCCUGUUCCAGGUCCGCAGGGAGCAAAUUAUCAGGAAUCUGGUUCUGCAGAAGCCACUCCAGACCCUCAGGAAACCCAAAGCAAACGUCAGGUCCUCCCUCGCCGCUCUCGGCGGCUGUCCAAAGAUGGACUCUCUCCUCAAGGCAACCAGACAUCCAAGGACAAGGUUUCCGCCCAGAAUGGAGGACUUGCAGGAGUCCAAGGACCCACAGUCGGGGUCAUCCAAAGCACUCCGAGACGACGGAGGGCCUCAAAGGAGAUCAAUCUCGAGACUCUUGCUCAAAAGGCUUCAGAGAUGGAAUUUUUGCCAGCAAAAUGUGAGGACGUUACCCCUGGUAGACCAGCUGGAAUGGCACCCCUAGUCAUCCCAGUCUCGGUGCCAGUUCGGAGAGGUCAAACUCAAAUGGAAGCGCCGGGCAGCUGGCCACAGCUGGAUAAUGUUCGACAUCCCUCAGAGAUUUCACAUCAACAGAACCAGCCUGAUCGUAAACCCUCGGUUAUUGUAGCACGCCGGCACUCACUGAAGAACUCUGCAGCUGAGAGCUUCAUCCAGGGUAAAGGGCAAGAGGACAAAUCCAAGCGCCGCCCACGACCCGAGCCUCUGGUUAUACCUCAGCCGUGCACUUUCAUCACCCCUUCUAUUUACUCCAGCAUCACUCCCUACCAGAGCAAUCUGCGCUCCCCAGUACACCUGCUAGACCAUGCCAGUAUCAUCCCUCCGUACACCCCUCCACCCAUUCUUUCCCCAGUACGUGAAGGCUCUGGGCUGUACUUCUCUGCGGUCCUCUCUUCUAUGGCAGCAGGCAGCCAGGUCCUGCCACCUCCAUCCACACCCCGCAGCGCCUCUCGAAGCUUGCUACGUUCAAGCAGUUCUGAAGUCACCCCUCCUGCACUCUCUGUGAUUGGAGAAGCAACGCCUGUCAGCCUGGAACCGCGGAUAAAUAUCGGCUCUAAGUAUCAGGCAGAAAUUCCAGAACUGUUGGAUCGAACACAGGCCCUGAAGGACCAGCAUAAAGCCACUUUGGUUUGGCUCCCUAACUCGAAGGCUGAUUCUACACCCUUCCAGGAUACAAGGCUUGAUGACCUGAUGAACCUGGUCUGCUCCAGUGCCGUGUACGGAGGAGGAACCAACCCAGAGCUAGCCAUGCACUGCCUGCACGAGUGCAGAGGGGAUGUCAUAGAAGCUCUGGAAAUGAUGUUGAUGAAGAAUCCCAUCUUCUCCAAAAACCACCAUCUGGCGAACUACCACUACGCAGGAUCAGACUGCUGGACUGUGGAUGAAAAACGAUACUUCAACAAGGGAAUUUCUGCUUACAGGAAAGACUUCUUCUUGGUGCAGAAACUGGUGAGGAGUAAAACAGUGGCACAAUGUGUGGAGUUCUACUACACCUACAAAAAACAAGCAAAGGUUGGGCGUAAUGGCAUAUAUACAUAUGGACCUAUAGAACCAGAGGAUAACAUUCCUGUGAUUAACGUCAAACAAACAGAGGAAAAUGAUAGUAGGCAACAGGAAGGAGCACAAGAUAAUGUGAAUGACAGUCUACAAGAUGUGACCAAGACACUUCAGGUCAAUGAGAAAGAGAGGGCAGAUGUGGCUCGUGAGGAGCAGAAGAAUAGCUCUGCGGUAGAGUCUUCUGGCCUGAUGCCAGCGCCUCAACCCUCCUUCAAAACUCCUUCCCCUGCACCUCCAAAGCCUCACUCUGACAAUACCGGGAAGAAAAACAGGGCCCCAACUGGCAACAAAAGUCAGGGAGAGCCAGAAGGUAUUUUCCCUUGCAAGAAGUGCAGUAGGGUGUUCUAUAAGGUAAAGAGUCGCAGUGCUCACAUGAAGAGUCACGCCGAGCAGGAGAAGAAGGCAGCAGCACAGCGCCAAAGAGAAGAGGAGGAGCGGGCCGCUAAGGCAAGGCAGGACAUGCUAGAGGCAGCAAGGAGAAAAGAGGCACAAAGAGGAGGGCAAGAAGAGAGUAGUGGAGCUGAGGAAAGCUCAGUAGAGCUAGAUGAUGAGCAGGAUGAGGACUGGCACUGAGCAAGUGAAUGACUCUUUUAGUACUCUUUAGUACCAAAAAUGUGCAACAUGUGCAUCCCAGUUAAGAGAUGUUUGCAGUGAUAAAGGUGUCUAAAAUGCCCUUUAUCAGUUUUUACCAAAAUUUUAUAAGAACUUUCCUUGGUUAUAUGUUUUUACAAAGUGCAGAUGUAUGUCCGUUCAGCAUCGUGAAUGUGAUUCUUACAAAUUAAUGACAAAUAUGAUAGAUGUAAAAAGGUUGCUGAUUGUUGAGAGAAGCGUACAUCAUUUCAGUUUGAUUCUGAGCAAGUACCCGAACAAAUUUUGUUUGCCUUUUCAUGUGCUUAUGUAAUAUACAUAAUAUGUAAUCAAGAACACAAACUAAACUAAAAUCCUCCCCCCAUCUACCUAUGGAUAUUUUCAGUUAAAUAUUUCUCGUGCAUGAAAUGUAUAUAAUGCAUAGAACUAUAUAUGUUGACUUCUGUACUAUAUUGUGUACAAUACUGAUCAUGUUAUGUGUUUUUCAGUACUCUAAACUUAAAAGAAUGUGUAUUUAUGUUUUGAAUGCACUUAAAGGGGAGUGGAAUAUGUGGGAUUAAGGGACUUUUAUAAAAACUCACAUGUAAAUAAAAUCUGAAGUUUAGGAAAUCACAACAAAUACUUUUUUUUUCAACAUAUAGAUCACUUUUUCACACUUUGCUGACUAUUGUGACUGUUUGAUAUUUGCUAUAUUUUAUAAAUGGGUGCACAAUAAAAACAAACUUCCAGUUUAAA